AGAAAAAAAAAUUAGAAAAAAUUGACAGCCAAAAGACGAACUGGCAUUGAAAUACUUCGCUGUCUACCUUUCUUCUCCACGCAUCCGGACGUUUUUAAAAGCUCUUCUGCACCAGAUAGUGAGGAUUUUUAAGCAUCAGGUGUUAACUGGCGCAAUUUUCUAAGUUCGAACUCCGGAAAUUCAGUCUUUCGAAAAACUGGAGCUAAAUUGUUGCACUCGCCCCGUUCUUGAUUUAGAUCACAAAGACCACAUCCUAAUGAUUGACACGUCUGUUUUUAUAUAUACUCGUACUAGCACUGAGUUGGAAACAGCUUGCCCGGGUUAGUAAGGCCUGGUAAGCGAUUAGGUCUAACAAACAGUACAUAGACAAGCUCAAGGACGAUAACAGAGACUAUAACGAUUUAUUUCCCUAAUUUACAUCCUUUUUAUUGGGUAUUUGACGAGCUCCUACUCCUAUUUGUGGUCUGCGUCUUGAUGUUUUCUACAAAUGGAAGGACCUACAGUUUUAAGCCGUCAACGAAUGGCAGAUGUUUUUUUAUGAAGAGAUUUUUCAUGCAGAGGAGCGACCACUGUUCGAAAAACGUUUUUCUAUUGUAUUAUUUGAUGUUUCAUGCACGGAUAUCAAAUCUUCUCAUUGGAUAAUUUGUUUGCUCCUAUGAAGUUCUUUGUAAGUUUUUGGUUUUUUUUUAGAAGAACGAUUUCUCUAUAGAUAAACCGACUUACGAACGGGAAUUGCUCACCUGUUGCUUAGGAAAUGUGGGAGAGACCCUGCCAACGGAACUCACCAAGAACUCUUAUUCAAGUGGGUGUUUAGCUGCCAGAGGAGUGACCUCUAUGAAAGUGGAUGGUAGUAAGUAAUUUUGUCUCCUCGCAGCGACUUUUGCAAACGAAACAACCCUCUUAUGGUGAGCUGAAAUUGGUCAGGUGGUUUUGCUGCUAUUCAAAAACAAUAUGCACAGGCAAAUAGGGGUCAAAAACUUUUCGCAGUCGAAAUAAUUCUCUAAUGAUAAGCUGAAUUUGUUUAGAGCAGGAGAGCACCAGCCGAGAAGAAUGUCUUGCGUGACUCGGUUUUGUCGUCGGAGCAGAGUUAACAAAUUGACCAAACUAAAAUUACUUGACUCUAGAGAUUUAAAUCCCAUAAACGCUUUCAAGAUAUCCUUCAGUCGAAUACUAACUGACAGAGAGAAAUUGAUGUGUCUGCCUGAAACCAUCACUUAUAGGUACCCCAACAGCUUCAAUAUGAGGCAGAGACUCUCACUAUAACUCGCUGGCAGUAACGAAAUGAGGUGGAGAAAAUUCUUCCACCUGUCUGAUUUUACGAGGUUUUUCCUAGAAUAAGUAUUUUCUGCCGCCUCUAAGGGGUUAUACGCAGUUAUGAAGCAAAUAAAAGACGAGUUGUCAAGGAAACUUCAGAAUAUUUUAAUUUGAAAAUUUUUGGCGGUUAUAAAAGCAUCCUUCAAGAACGUAACAAAAUUUUUUAUUUAUGAAAAUGUUGAUUAUAGAGCGCGCUGCUGGCGAUUUCUGGAACCUCCUUUAAAAAAAGACGAUUUACGGUGUACAUCGUAACUCAGGAUUGGAUUAUCUGAAAUCAAAAAACCAAACAAAUUUUGUUAAUAUAUUAGAUUAUCUAGUAAUUAAUCGUUCGGCUAAUCCAAAUAGUGAAUUUUCACAAAAUGGCAGCUUUUAAAAGAAAUGAUUUCGAUUUUUACGUUAAAAUUUGGCCGUAAAUUGAUUAUAAAAUGGAAAAUAAGUAUCAGAUUUACAAAAGGAACAAUUAAUUACUAGAAAAUGUAUCUUUAAAGAUUGAGUUAAAACGGUUGACCGAUCAAACAAGCCGUUUUCGAGAUAUCGUGUACACCGACUUGAAAAAUGCCGUUUUGAAAAAAAACACGUUUAAAGUUUCAAUACCUACCUUAAGGGGUAACACCACUGUAGAAAUUUCAAAAAAAAUUUUUUUUUUUUAUAAGCUUAAAAAAUUCUUUGAACCUUUUAAAAUACAGAACAAAAAGUUUUAUACGUUACCGAAGUUUAUUUCAUAAAUAUUUUAAGCUUUUAACCAAGCGUUAGUGACUGCUACCUAACGACUUCUCCAAUCUUCCAAACUUUAAACGCGUUUUUCUCAAAACACGUUUUCUGAAAUUGGCACGCAGCAUAACUCAAACAAUUUUAAAUAUUUUUAAUCAGGUUUUCCACUACGUCUGUAUAAUAACCUUCUUAAGAGAAGAGCGUAGGGGAUUUUCGAUAGAUUUAUUUAAACGACUGAUAAAAUUAUUUAAGUGCCGUUUUUUUAGACCAAAAUUGAGUUUUUUCCUUCAAAUGCUUGCUAAUUCCACAAAAAUAAAUAUUUUUUAAAUCCCCUACGUGUUUCUCUAGCUAUUUUUAUCUAGAUUAAGAAAAAAAAUGUUUCUUUGUUCCAGAUUAAAAUUUGCACCCUCUGUGCUGCGUGCCGCGGAGCUCCUUCAAGAGAAACCACAUUACAUAAAUGUCUCCAAUGCCGCCAUUUUGUAAAAUUUUUCGAUCAAACUUUGUAGUUUUGUAUUUUAGUAUAUAAGUAAUAACUUCCCAAAUCAGAGUGAUUGUUUUCCCUUUCCUUCUAUACAAAAAAAUUCUUUAAAAAUCGUGUUUAUUUUACGCGUGUACAGUGGUGUUACCCCUUAAAACGUGCCGAGGCAUCUCUACAUAUUUAGGUAUAACUCCGAAAGUAUUGCUUAGAUCUACUUCAAAUUUCGUGCGUAUACUUUUGAAUAUAUGUACAUUACAAAAAUCCAAUAAAAAAAAUCGAUUUUUUUGAAAGUCAUAACUGCGUAUAACCCCUUAAAGCUUGGGCUGCCAGGACACUUUCAAGGCGUGCGCGUCGCCAUGUUUACAAGUAGUCGAUAUCUGACGUAUUGCGCCACCCAAUUGAAGGUAGUUAGCGUAACAGAACUAUUUUCAGAACUAUUCGAUACUGUUUCCCAACAGCUUUCGAUAAACUUAGUGUGGGUGCCUGGUUAUCGAGAACUUAAAACUUGUGGUUAAGAGCUUUUCCUACUGUAGUAGACUUCUGCAAACGGGAAAUUUUUCAGUGCUCCUUCCAUGGAGAAAGCAUUUCCCACUCAGCUGAAAGAAAUCAUCUUCCUUUCCUGGGCGAGGUUUUUAACUUAGUCAAAAUGGCUCUGCCACUUAUAGAGGCAGCCAAGAAGAAUGUUCAGAAGUUAAAAAAUUCGUUUGCCUGUUUACGCUUGAAGAAGAAAGCUUCCUUUUGCCUGACCUCUAAAGUAUUUCACCAAAAAAGUUAAAAAUGAAAAACUUUUCAAGUGUUACACUCAGCACAAAAUUGCUGCCUAAUUAAGUAGCACGCGUUAGCCUUUCGAAGCCACAAAAAAGAUACCGGAAAUGCAUGUUGGCAAAGCAAAUCUUGAUGUGAUUUGCCUAAAAUGCCAACAAAUUAUGCUAAACGCGCUCACACCACAGCAGCGGCAAAGUGAACAAGGAGCUUGAAUUCAGAAAAAAAUAGAAAUAUUUACAAAAUCUGCAGGGGGUUGCUAAACGUGCGACCAAUCAGUGAAAAGCAAAUUUAAUGUCUUCUAAAGGACGAGCGCAAAUGAUGGGUGGGUGAGUGGGUGGAGAGCGUAAGAAGCGUUUAAAGUAGCGGGAGCGAGAGCGAGAGUAAGAAUGUGGCCGAGUAGAAGAGCUAAGCAAGCAAUGAAGAUGCAAAAGUGCGAGUGAGUAAGCGUAGAAAGUGUGCGAAAGUGGUAUUUUUUCAAAAACAAAAUGGCCAAUAUAUGGCUAAAGUAGGUGGUGGAGAGCGUAAGCUAAAAUGUGAAUGGGGAAGAGCACGCGCAUAAACAUGCGAUUGAGAUGAGCACAGAUGGCAGUUGUCAAUUUAGCGCCGGUGGCAGGAUGACAGCAAACAACAUUUAGUGUAGCAAAGAGAGAGCGGUUCUGACAAAUAUGAUAGUAUGUCUGUAUGCAUGUGUGGCAUGUGCAUGCAUUAAAUAACGGUUAGAUAUGAUAAUACAGUGUACGAAGAGAGCGUAUUGCAAUUUUUUACUCAUUUUUGGCCAACAUUUUUUUUUUGUUUUUGUUUACACUCUCCUAACUGCCAACAAUUUGCGUUAAUUCAUUUUGUCAGUCGAGCUGUUCUCAUAUUUUAGCUGCUGUUAUCCUGCAAGUGUAACACUAGUGUUUUAACCGUUAAACGGAUUAAACGACACAUUCAGUUGUUCAUUUGACUUCGUUUGUGGCGGUUAUGCGUAAAAAGCAGGAAAUUGGACUUUGAAGAAAACUCUUAAUAAUAUAGAAUAUAAAUAAGAAUCGUAAGCGUUAAAAAUAAUUGAAUUUCGAAUUUAGUUUACAUUAAAAAAAAGAAAUUAAAUUGAACUUUAAUAAAAGAAGUUAUAACUCGAAAGCAUUUCACUAAAAGUGGGAAGAUUACAUUUAAGUGAAAUACAAAUUAAAAGUGAAGCAAUAAAAAAAUAUUUAAAACAAUCUUUGUGAAAGUAUUCAAAUUCAGAACACGUAAAUAGCAAAUGCUUACUAUUAAAUUGGAAAAAUAAAAAUACUAAAGGCAUACAGAAAGAAGUGAUAAUUUUUUUUAACUAAAUUUUUGAGAAAGAACGCAAUUUAAGACUUACAUACACUUCAAAAUGCAUCACCAGAGCGCCAAAUCGUUUUUAAUACGCGAUCUGCUGGGAGAUUUAAUAAAUCGACCGCCGCCGGACACCGACUCAGAUCUUUCCGAUGAGAAUUCAGAAAUCGACAUUGAAGAUCGCUCUUCACCCGAUUCGGAUCUGCUGCAUAGCCAUCACUAUGGCACAACAGCCAACAACAGCGCACAAUUGCAUUUUAUGGUCAGCGAAUCCAGCGUUGAGUCGAAUCAGCAUUCACCCAACGCCGGUGAGCGCGGCAACAAUCACAAUCCGAACUCUACCACCGCCACCACUUCCAACGCAUCCACCAAUAAUCAUUUGGAACCGCCCACAACACACUUGCCAUCGCACGGAUAUGUUGGCGGCGGUGGUGGUAGUGGUGGUGGUUUGGGUUUUGGCGAGCACAUGCACAGCAGCAAACUGGGUUUGAGUUUGAAUAAAAGUGGGCGCAAGCCAAGAAGGCGACGCACCGCCUUCACACAUGCACAGCUCUCCUAUCUGGAGCGUAAAUUUCGUUGUCAGAAAUAUUUAUCUGUUGCCGAUCGCAGCGAUGUGGCAGAGACGCUCAGAUUGUCCGAGACGCAAGUGAAAACUUGGUACCAGAAUAGACGCACUAAAUGGAAGCGUCAAAAUCAGCUGCGGCUCGAGCAGUUGCGUCAUCAAGCGACACUAGAAAAAGAAUUUGUGGGCGAUGGCACUUCCGGCACAGGAUUGGGUUGUUGUCCGACGGGAUUAUCGACUUUUAGCACAACGAAUCCUUGCAAUUUUCUCACUUCUGCGGCGGCGGCGGCGAUUUUCCGUAAUGUGAGCUAUGUGCACGGCUGCCCGCUGUAAGGCAAGAGGACGCGUGGCUAUGGAAAUUAGUGAAAAUUUAUUUUAGUUACAGUGAUUUUUUUGUUUUUGGUUUUUUUUUACUGUAAAUAAGCGUUAAAGACUUUUUAGUUGCUGUGCAAUAAUUAUUUAAGUUAUUACAAAAAAAUCGAGCAUAGCAGUUUAAGAAAAUCAGUAAUAAAAAUUGCUGAGAAAAAGUAUGGUAGAAAAAUAAAAAU